CUACAAUCAUAGCAGGUCAGCAGCCGACAGGGAACCACACAAAUGCCCCAGUCCCCCCCGCCAAAGAGGAGAAAGACCUUGAGGGCAUGCGAUAGUUGUCGCGAGAGCAGGAUCAGAUGUGAGUAUCAAGGGCAGCAAGAGUGUAAGCACUGUAAGGACUAUGGUAUUCAGUGUCUUCGGGUCGCCCCUGCUCCCGUUGACAAACGCAAGAAGAUUGCCCGCGAAGGUCUCCCCGAGGAAGAAGAAGAAUCUCAAGGUCUCGAACCGACCUACCUCGGCCCUUCCAGCCUUACUCAGCUGAUACAUUCUUCGCUCAUAUCUACCCCCGGUGAGGAGCGGGGCCUGGACGGCUUGGGAAGCAAGUACGACUGUCAUUGGGACUCGUUGGGGAGCGGGAAAGGGUCGGGGUUGCUGUUGGGUAGGGAAGACGGGAGAGAGGUACAGAAAAGGGGACAGACGUCGUUGCAGGUAUUGGGAAGGCUAGCGGAUGAGGUUGUUUCGCUAGAAGUUCUCAACUCUUUGUACUACCAAAGCCUUCCGACUUUCAUUUCCAUGUUCCCCGUCAUCUCCGCCUCCGAAAGCGCCUUGACGAAGAGCAAAGAACCACCUGGCGGCUGGCUAGACCGCUACUCGGGCUGGGACCCCAACUCUUCUCCUCCAACAUCAAUCCCCCGCAUCAUCCGGCUCCUCCACUGCUCUCUCUCUUCCCUCUCCCGCCUCACCCCUACCUCCAUCAGACACGCCCUCUUAUCUGCCUUGCACAAACAUCUUCGUGACGGCGAAAGCGAAAGGCUGGUAAGCCAGUCGACGAUAGCGAGUAGUCAGGUUUUGGUGUUGAUGGGGAUGAACCAUGAUUUGCAUGGGUAUGAGGAGUCGAGGGCGGCUAGUGCUAUGUGGCAGAGGACGGGUACAGCAAUCAGAAUGGCCACUGAGCUCGCUGUCCACCGAAAGUCGACGGAAAAAGUCAUCCCCAUAGCCCAGAUCCACCGCCGUGCCCGUCUCUGGGGAGGUUGUGUCAUAACCGACAAAUGGACAGCUCUACGUUUUGGCCAAGUGCAGAACAUCAACCUAGAAGAUUGUGACUGUCCACUACCCUUCCAAUGGCCGGACCAUUAUCACGAUGAGGCGCAUGCAGAGGGGCCGGCGUGUUUUGCGCCAUUGUAUCAUUUGACCAAGCUCAGUAUCAUCCUUGGGCAGGUCUUACGCAUAACGAGCAGCCCCCAAGGACUCGCUCGUACCACCGACCGCGCCAUCCUCCAAUCCCUGACAGAUCUCGACACCUGGACCAAAGAUCUGCCCACCUCUUGGGCAGUCAGCGAGCGGACAAGAUUGCCCCAAGCGGGCGACUUUUUCAACCUGAUGUACUGUGCGGUGGAAUUCACACUCCUCCGACCAUUCCUCUUCCCCACUCGUCCCAUCCCAGCUCAUAUAACCUACCGUCCCUCUUCUCUCCUUUUAUUAAACCUCAUAGAUCGCUCAGAAACGGCGCUGGACUGGCUUUCAACCGCAGAAGGAGAGCUAUACCUUGAUGUUUGGGGUAUCACUGUUUAUCCUCUUGUGACUUGCAUACUCAUAAACCUCUACGCCUACAACCAUCCCUCCCCAUCCCCGCCCGCCACCAUCUCCAACUCCCAAGCCCGUGCCCUGCACUACCUCAAAAAAGGCCACCACAUCGUCCAACUCUGGGUCCAAGCCCACGCCGAGGGAUGGCCCGAGGACCAGACGAGCUGGAGGAGAAAAGUGGGAGAUAUGGUGGAUGUUGUCAUGGAUAGUGUUGGGGCGCAUGAAGCUGGUGGUGGACGUGAUCGGGGUGACAGGAGUGUGGAUGGGUUUUGGGAAGGGAUUUUCCAGGGAAGACUUUAGUUCUAUCUGCAC